CUUCAACUACCUCUCAGCAUUGUAGAGAGAUACCACGACCUUGAUCGCUGCAGCAAUCGCCCGAGGGUUGUUUACGACCGCAAUACUCUCCGAGCCCAAUAACACCCUACCCAGCAUCGAGUGACCGUGACUUCAGCACAAGAUGUCCGACAAAGCCGGCAAAGAGGAGACGAACUAUUAUGCUUACGACCCCUCUCUUGGGGCCGCCGUCAUCUUUGUACUGCUUUUUCUGGCCUCUUCUGGGUACCACACAUGGCAGAUUUACCGCUUGAAAUCAUGGUACUUUAUUCCAUUUCUCGUCGGUUGUCUUCUUGAGGUGGGCGGAUAUGCUGGCCGAGCUAUAAGCUCCACUCAAGACACCAACUACCAGACGCUUCUUCCGUUUAUUUUGCAGUCGCUCUUACUGCUCCUCGGUCCCCCCUUUUACGCCGUCUCUAUCUACAUGGUGCUAGGACGACUCAUCCGUCUCUUGAAUGCGGAAAAUUACUCUCUGAUUAGGCUUAAAUGGUUGACAAAAUUCUUUCUUGUCGGCGAUAUUAUAUCUAUUGUCGCGCAAGGAGCGGGUGGUGGAAUGCUCUCAAAUGCAGAUACUAAAGAGGCCUUAGACCGGGGACAGACAAUUAUCCUCCUUGGUCUUGGGGUCCAAAUUGUCUUUUUCGGCCUGUUUAUGGUUGCCACUGUAAUCUUUCACUGCCGGAUUCACCGCCAGCCCACUGCCAGGAGCUGCAAAAUCACCGCGCCUUGGAAAACGCUACUGAUGGUCCUAUACGGGACGAGUUUUCUCAUAAUGUUACGAUCGAUCUUCCGAGUUGCCGAGUACGCAGGAGGCAAGGAGGGGGAGCUCAUGACCAAGGAGAUCUACAUCUACAUUUUUGACGCACUGCCCAUGAUCAUCACCUCUGUCGCCUUCAACGUCUUCCACCCUUCCAACAUUAUCCAGAGCAAACAAGGCACGUCUAUCCCACUUCGGGAUUCAGUGAGCGAACUGAGCACGUACGCGAUGAACAACAGGUGUUAGGGAACUAAAGAACGGUGCAAAAGCGCCAUGGGGAUAGAACUGAGAAAAAAGGGCUGAGGCAACGGGGAUGGAAAGGAGGAGGAUGGAGAAGAAGAUAAAGAUAUCGACGGCCACAAGUCCGGGCUUAGUCCCUAACCCAGAUCUUUCUCAACUUCGCCGGCAACAAGAGUGCUUCGAUAUUUCUAGUAUUUGUUUUGUUUUUGUUUUUCUUUACUCGACAUUAUCGGGUAGAUUAACGCCAGACAGUAUUUGCAAACAAUAAAGACAUCCAUUUAGU